AUUUCAUUACGUUUAACAUUAUUAUUAUUAUUAUUAUUAUUAUUAAUACUUACCACUAAAAUGCCAAUAUGUUAAGCUGUGUGCCUCACGUCCAUAUAAAAUACUUUUAUUUUUAUUAAUUUUCUUUUUUAGAAUUUUCCUUUUUUUUUUUUCCGUGUAAUUUUCUUUCAGUGCUCUGAGUGCCGCUGUUGGUCAGUGUGUGCGGGUUUUUAAAGCUCAUUUGUGGAUCCUCCUCCACAUUCUGACAUCAUGCAUGAAGCAAAAUAUCUCAUUCCAGACUGUCUCACCAACAUAAACACACAGGCGGGCAUUGCCUCUCAGCGCAAUCGAAUAAUACUUCAUCAUUUUUUUCUUGUAUAUUUUCUUCAAAUGAUUGAAUAUUGAUUUGGAUAUUCGAAGCUGUAUUGAACGAUUUCCAUCAUGGAUGUCCUUUGUUCUCAUAACGCCCGGAAUACAGGCUCUAUCUCUCGUGUUUGUCGACGGCUGGUGCAGUUUCUCGUCCUGUUUGUCUUUGUUCUGACCGUUGCGCGCGGGCAGGUCCGUUACUCCAUUCCUGAGGAGAUGAAUAAGGGCUCUGUUGUGGGAAAUAUCGUUCAGGAUCUCGGUUUGGAUGUUAAAAGACUGAAAUCUGGUCGAGCGCGGAUCUUCACGGAGGACAGUCGUGAGUACAUCGGUCUAAAUGUGGAUAAAGGGACUCUGGUAGUGAGAGAGAGGAUAGAUAGAGAGCAGCUGUGCGCCCAGGUCACUCCAUGCUCCUUACAUUUCCAGAUCAUUCUAGAAAACCCGAUGGAGCUGCAUCAGGUCGAUGUAGAAAUAUUAGAUAUUAAUGAUAAUGCGCCUGUUUUUACAAGAAGAGAAAUUGGUUUUCAAAUUAGUGAAUCAGCUCUACCUGGAGCGAAAUUUUCUUUAGACAGCGCUCAUGAUCCUGAUGUAGGUCUUAAUGCUCUACAGAGGUACACACUCAACCCAACAGACCAUUUUUCUCUGAAAGAAGUGGCCGGUAAUGAUGGGCUGAAAUACAUAGAAAUGGUGUUGCAAACACUUUUAGAUAGAGAGAAUCAAGAAGAUCAUUUAUUGACUCUGGUGGCAUUUGAUGGAGGAAAUCCACAGAAAUCUGGCACUGUUAAGAUAACCGUAACAGUUAUGGAUGCAAACGAUAAUUCCCCUGUAUUUAGUCUGCCUGUAUAUCGCGUUUCCCUGCUGGAGAAUUCACCCAAGGGCACCUAUGUCGCCACAGUAACUGCUACAGAUAAAGACAAAGGCACAAACGCUCAGGUGACGUAUUCAUUUUCUCAAAGCACCGGAAAGAGCUUGAAUUUAUUUAACAUUGAUUCUGAGACCGGUGAGAUCACUGUAAACGGUGAUCUGGACUUCGAGAAGUCAAAACAUUUUCAAAUUACUGUUGAAGCAUCAGACAAAGGAGGCCUGACAGAUUCCUCUAAAGUGGUGAUUGAAGUUGCUGAUAUUAAUGAUAAUGCACCUAUCAUAAGCAUAAUUUCAUUUUCUCAGGCGAUACCAGAAGACUCCGCCCCGGAGACAGUGAUAGCGAUGCUGAACGUCAAAGAUUUAGAUUCGGGGAAAAAUGGGCAGGUAAAAUGUUCAAUAGCUCGCGACGCGCCCUUUAAAAUCAAAUCGACAUCUACGAAUUUCUUCAGUGUAGUCACUGAUCAGCUUUUAGAUCGUGAGAAGGUGUCUGAAUAUAAUAUAACAAUAACAGCUACUGAUGAGGGUUCUCCCUCUUUAUCCACGAGCAAAAUCUUGAAUAUUAAAAUAUCUGAUGUCAAUGACAACGCCCCUGUGUUCCAGCGUCAGUCUUACACCGCUUAUGUGAUGGAAAAUAACACACCUGGAGUGUCUAUAUUUGCAGUCACGGCAAGUGAUAAAGACUCUGGUAACAAUGCGCGCAUUUCAUAUUUUCUUGAGGAUGUUCUCGUUAAUGGAGUUUCAGCCUCCACUUAUAUUUCAGUUCAUGCAGAGAGCGGAGAGAUUCUGGCUGUUCGUUCUUUUGAUUACGAGCAAACAAAAGAGUUUAAUAUCCGCGUAAAAGCGCAGGACGGAGGAAACCCACCUCUCAGUAGCAAUGUGAGUGUGAAGAUCAUCAUUCAGGACCAGAACGACAACGCGCCUCAGGUUCUGUACCCAGUCCAGACUGGGGGCUCUGUGGUGGCUGAAAUGGUGCCUCGCUCAGCAGAUGUGGGCUAUCUCGUGACUAAAGUGGUGGCUGUUGAUGUGGACUCUGGACAGAAUGCCUGGCUCUCAUAUAAACUGCAGAAAGCCACAGACAGGGCGCUGUUUGAAGUGGGCGCACAGAAUGGAGAAAUAAGAACUGUGCGCCAAGUGACCGAUAAAGAUGCUGUGAAGCAGAAGCUCACUGUUGUAGUGGAGGACAAUGGGCAGCCCUCUCGUUCAGCUACGGUCAAUAUUAACGUGGCGGUGGCGGACAGUUUCCCUGAAGUGCUCUCGGAGUUCACUGACUUUACGCACGACAAGGAUUACAACGACAACCUGACUUUCUAUCUAGUCUUGGCCUUGGCUGUAGUUUCAUUUCUCUUUAUCGUCUCCAUCAUAGCCAUACUGUCAGUCAAAUGCUACAGAUGGAGACGUGAGCGGAUGUUUUACAAAUCAGGUGCGAAUCUGCCAGUUAUUCCAUAUUAUCCACCCCUUUACGCAGACGUAGGAGGGACGGGGACUUUACAGCAUGUGUAUAAUUAUGAGGUUUGCAGAACGACUGACUCCAGAAAGAGUGAUCUGAAAUAUGUCAGACCUUCCAGUGAGAGCAUCAUUAGCUUGGACACCAGUGGAACACAGACUCUGACGCGUGCGCAGAGAGAAAAUCUGGCCAAUGACUCUGAGGAUCAGGUGAGAUCUGAAAAUUCAGAAACCUUUUUUUUUCGAGGUCCUGUAUUCACUGAUUAA